CCUCAAUCUUUUGAAGAGCUUUAUGUCUUUUAUCGUUUAAGAGAUUAUAAAUCAUUUUUUAGAUUAUACCGACCAUUGCUGAGUAAUUGUUCUAUUUUCUAAAAAUCACCCCGUAUUUCUACUUUUGGUAUAGUGCAUGACAGAGGUUCUACAGCGUGGAGCUGCAGAUUCCAACAAAUCACGAUGUCGGAUGAAAAGUUUUAUGUAGACAAUGCUAUGAACCGAAGUUUGGGCAGAGCUGGAAUGCCCCUAGGAUCAAUGGUAGUUUCGAGCAAAGGAAGCGGUGAAUCUUCUUCGGGCGCUAGCUAUUUUGGCUCCAGCCAAUCGCAUGGUGAGACGACAUACGUAGACAACUCUAUGAAUCGUGGGCUGGGCCGAGUUGGUAUGCCUUUAGAAUCAAUGGUUGUAUCAAACAGAGGACACAUUGAAUCUCUUUUUGAUAACAGCGAUAUUUGCCGCUCUUUAUCGCAUAGUGAGAGGGUUUACGUAGACAAUUAUAUGAACCGUGGGCGGGAUCGAGUUGAUAUGCCCUUAGAAUCAUUUGUGGCAUCGACUAAAGAAAAUUACGCAUCUCUUCCGGGUUACAAUCAUUCUGACUCAAGCUUUUUAACUACCUAUUCUGAAAGCCUAUCAGAACGUCAUAUAAAAGAUUAUAUUGAUGAACCCAAGUCUGCUUCUAUAUUCUGUAGCAGAUCAUCAUCUCCACCAAACAGGGAUGAGGAUGAUGAAUUCAGUCAGCUUUUAGCAGGGGUCUUCAGAUCAACUGACUUCAGAAAAGAAAGUAGUACAUCUCCUUCAGUAUAUAGCAGAGAAAGUUGUGCCUCCUCCAGUAGCAUGACAUAUGUUGACAAUUCUAUGAAUCAAAGCCUUAGAAGGGUUGAUAUGCCUAUUGGUUCCAUGCCGGUUUCUAAAUCCAGUGGCAGAUCAUCAGCUUCAUCUAAAACAUAUGUGGAUAACGAGUACAAUCGAAGACAGGGGAGGGUGGGGAUGGAAUAUGGUUCUAUGGUUGUCUCGAAGGACUCGAGAAUUGCCAGCUCUAAGGGAACAAAACAAUACGUAGACAACCCCAAAAGCAGAUCAUCAUCUACAUCGAAAUCAUAUGUGGAUAACGAGUACAAUCGAAGAGUUGAAAGGGUAGGGAUGGAACAUGGUUCCAUGGUUGUCUCGAAGGACUCGAGAAAUGCCAGUUCUAAGGGAACAAAACAAUAUGUAGACAACCCCAAAAGCAAAUCAUCAUCUACAUCGAAAUCAUAUGUGGAUAACGAGUACAUCAAAAGGCAUGGAAGGGUAGGAUUGAAGCAUGGUUCUAUGGAUGCAUCCAAGGACUCGGGAACUGCAAGCUCUAAGGAAAUGAAACACUAUGUUGACAACACUCAAAACAGAAUUCUUGGGCGAGUUGGUCUUCCCUACGGAGCGGAUGCAGAACAAGUACGUGUUUACAAAGACAACCCCAUUAAUCGAAAGUUAGGACGUGAUGGUUUACCUAUUGGAGUCGCAGUUCAAUCCAAUUCUAAAUAUCUUGAAGAAAAGUCGUAUGUAGACAAUCCAAAAAAUCGUCGUCUUGGAAGAGUGGGCUGUCUGUUAGGGUCUAGACCCUACGGAACGGAUUCAGAGGAAGUGCCUGUUUACAAAGGAAACCUCUCAAAUCGAAAGUUAGGACGUGCUGGCUUAACUAUCGGAGCUGCAGUUCAAUCUAAAUCUAAAUCCCUUCAACUAAAGUUUUACACAGAUAAUCGCGAAAAUCGUCGUCUUGGAAGAGUGGGGUUUCCAUUGGGGUCUAGACCUAAAGGUUUUUUCUCAGAACUGAAGAAGACCUUCUGCGACAACGAUUUGAAUAAACAGCUUGGAACGGCGCCCGUGACUUCUCGUAAAAAGAUAGAGAGGUUUCACAAUGCAUAUCAAAGAUUUAGGGAAAACCCGGUUGAAGAUAUUGACUUCGGGACAUUACCCACUCUUUCAAGCGAAGAUGAGGAAGAUGCAGUCGAACAAAUAGAGCAUGUGAUAAAUAGGCUGCAGCUUGAAAGAGAAUGGAAAGAAAAGGAGGAACAGACCAGACCAGUUCCUAAAACUUCACACGAUCUGCUACACUACUCGGGACCAAUCAUUGAAUUUUCAGAAAUUAAUCUCGGAAAGAUCAUAGGAAUUGGUGGAUUUGGCAAGGUAUACCAUGGGACAUAUAAAGAUUAUGUGGUUGCAGUAAGGAUGGUUCAUGUAAAGCGAGACGAUGGACGUCUUCAGGAGGAACUGUUUGAUGAGGUUAAGAUCUUAAGCAAGCUAGAUAACCCAUUCAUCGUAAAAUUCAUCGGCGCCUGCACCAUCUACCCAAAUUUUUGCAUCGUUAUGGAGUACAUGCAGAUGAGUUUGCACGAGACAUUGCACGUCAAUUGUACUGAUAUGGAUGAUAUUACAGACGAUGAUCGUCUGAUGAUAAUAAUACAAACACUUUCAGGUCUCAAAUACUUACAUGACAAAAAUUUUGCCCAUUGCGAUAUUAAACCUGGUAACAUUUUGAUUGAUCACGACGGAGAAAAAUUUACAGUUGCCAAGCUAUCCGAUUUUGGGCUGAAUAUGAUGAAGAAUGAAAUCGAAACUUCUUUAUCUUCGGACAAUAGACUUGCAUGCCACCCUGGAACUACAGUAUACUCCUCCCCGGAACGCCUUCGCAGAGAAUAUUUGAAUUUGAAAAAGAUGAAGAUGAGCGACAUGUACUCCUAUGGGUUGGUUGUUUUCGAAAUAUUGUGUGGUGUACAACCCUUUUCUAAUUUAAGUCUUAGACAACUGCAACUUCAAGUCGGAUGGAAGCACAUGUACCCUGAAUUUCCAGACGACAUUUAUCCAAAUGUUCACCUUGCAGCUAAACUUCUAGGCUGUUGGGAUCGUGAGCCGGAGAUUCGCCCAACAACAACCGAUUUUCUGAAAGUAAUGAACAGAAUUUCUUGUGUCUACGAGACACUGGAUUAGACGGGAUUUCGAGUUAUUUAUAGUGAUAUUUGAUAUGAUAACUUGCAGCACCUUAAAAACGAAAGUCCUCCUAAUCAGUCUUUUAACUUUCCACUUUACAACAACACUAGAGAAGCCGGAAACAGACCGCAAUUUUAAUCCUUGCAUCUCCAUGAGAGAUGCUUUAAGUUGCAAAAUUACGUUUUAAGCUGUACAUAGACAAGAGUUAUUGUGUGUAUAAAUAUUAUUAUGUCUACAACAAAAUACGACUCUAUUCGUCUGAGAAUUUCAAAGAUACCGAAAAAUUCUUGGAAUAACAGGACGAUGGCUUCCAUGAAAUCUAAAACGUAAUCAAAGCAAACUAUCAAUGAAUUGUUUAUUUUUUUUUCAAUUGGAUUUUUAAAUGAAGAUUACAAUAAGAAAUUCAGUUCAGCGUUUAAUAAUUAUUUAUAUCAAUUAUCAUAAUCUGAAAUAUAACAGCAACACUUUCAAACAAAUGAUCAUACUUUAUCUGCAUAUCUGAUAUAGCAAAAGAGUAAUUGUAAACAUGAUAUCGAUAAAACCCAUCAGGGGUCCGUUUCAUCAAAGGUCGUACGCCUAGUUGUAGCUCUACGCCAGCGUAAAUUUGGGACCAGUGCGAAUAUUUGCGUUUCAUCGAAGGGCGUAUAUCUUAACGCCAGACUAAAGAUAAGGGGGAAGGGGGGGGGGGGGGUAGUAAGUUCGGACGUUUACACGAAAUUUUGUUCCUGUUUGUGAACAGAACCGUCAUUUUUGAGGAGUUUGUUUUAUCAAAGACCGAACAAACUUUUUGGAUAUUUAUACGGUGUAGAUAAUAAGGCGAUUUUUCGAGUUCUCUUUAACCUUUGAUUAUUUGACGAAAAAGCAAUUUCAAAGAUUAUAAAUAACAAAACAAGUCAUUAAGUUUAAACCUCAAACAAACAAAAAACUGAUUUUCAUCUAUGAUCAGAGUUACAUGUAUAUAAUAUGAAAAUAUUAAAUUUUACUAUUCAGAUCGAUUAAUGAGAAAAUAGAUUUCAUCAAAUCUUUUUAGGGUGUAGCACCAUUUUCGUCGCUCAAAACUGUAUUUCCCGUAAGUUUUUUUCCGAUUUCAAACUGUGCUGUUUAUAUUUUAUGAAUAUCUGAUACCAUCAUAUGUCAAUGAUAGGAAUGAGAAUGAAUAAUUAAGAACUUUUAGAUAUAGAUUAUUUAUGUGAGCAAAGAAGUGCGUUUUAUGAGUGCUAUUUUAUGUGACCUUUUUUUUUAUUCGUAUGCAUUUGUUUUUAUUUUGCUUUUGGAAUAAAAAAAUGUUUAGACUAGAUGUAUUCAGAAGUCAUGACCACUUUUUAAUGCCAUAUGAGAUGCAAUUUUCUUGUCCAAAACUAAUUUUACGAAAACAUUACUUUCUACUAAAAUUACAAAAUAUAUCAUGGUUUUUUUUUAAAUUUCUGUCACACAUAUUUUUGUGGGAAAGUCGUUAUGAAGCCUUAAUUGGAGCAAAAUUGAAUUAUUGUCGUCCUUUACAAAAAUUGAUUUGCUAUAUAUUCCUUAGAAGAAAAAUCUUUCUUCUGACAAACCUAAAGAUAUUUUCAAACCUUAUUUAUUAUAAAAGUUUAAGUUACAUGCUGACUUAACAUACUUGCAUGUUUUUGUAGCAAAGUAAAAUUCUAAAAAAUACAGCUCAUAUUGCUUUGAUUAAAAAUAGAAAACUAUUCAUAAUUAAAACAAU